AUGCAAGACAACCAUAUCCUGUUGAAAUUCGGUGAAUGGGGUACACAGGUUCAAGCCUGGAGUUCACACAUUCACCCUGCUGAGGUACCAACCACCAGCAACAGCAACGUCUGUGCUAACAUCAUGGAAGCUCCUGCUAGAGGUUCAAAUUAUGGUUUAGUCAGAGCCCGUGAGACCAGUGGUAUGUCACAUAUUGGUUUCAACAACCUCAGCGGAGGCUUGAGUUCAACUGUUGCUUACAUGAAGCAAAGCACCAGGGCAUCAACGCUCAAUGGGUACCCUUCAGUACAGGUAGAGAAUGACAUAGAUAAGCAUUCACCAUAG